AUGAUAUUCAUCCUUGUCCUACUUUCCACUCUUCUCUUAAUUUACCUAUUUCAUUUGUUGUACUGGAAGAGAAGGAAUUUGCCACCCGGGCCCACGCCACUUCCGAAAUUCGGCAAUUGGCUAUCCAUGGUUUUUCCUUUGUCAGGAUAUGAGUGCUUCAGAAGAUGGACCAAGAAAUAUGGAGAUGUUUACACUUUCUGGCUAGAAUCCGAACCCUAUAUCAUCAUUGGAUCCUAUGAACGAAUGAAAGAGACCUUCAUCCGAGACGGUGACACUUAUGUGAACAAGAAAUUCAACGAAGUCAUUGCAAGUUUCCGCGACGGACAAUACGGAGUCGUCGACACAAAUGGAGAGUUCUGGAGCACUCACCGGAGAUUCACCCUUUCGAAUUUCCGAGAUCUAGGCUUUGGAAAAGACCUAAUGCAACAAAAAAUCCUUAUCGAAGUUCAAGAAAUCAUUCGGAAGUUUGACGAAAACGUUGGAGAGGAGCAAAAUGUGCCAAAAGUAUUCAAUAAAGCAGUGGCUAAUGUUAUCAACCAACUCAUUUUCGGCAAUCGAUUUGAUGAUGAGAAGGAGAAGGAGUUUCAGAAACUGAUGGAUUUGUUGGAAUAUCAGCAGAAGGCGUUCACAAGCUGGAAGAUCAUUGUGGAGUGUGUGGUUCCGUUUUUGAGUCGGUUUAUGCCGAAACCAACUGUUGCCGAUUUAAUUGAAGAGUAUAAAACAUCGUUCUAUGGGUUUUUCAACCGCCAAAUCGAAGAGCACCGCUUAAAAAUUGAUUUUGACUCCGAGGAGAACGAAUCCUACGCAGAAUCUUAUCUCAAAGAGCAAAGGAAACGAGAAGCGGAUGGAGAUAAGGAAACAUUCAGUACCCAACAACUAUCCAAUAUGUGUAUGGAUUUAUGGUUGGCCGGAUUAGGAACCACUACUCUAACCCUGGGAUGGUCCAUGGCCUAUGUGAUGAACACUCCUGGGGUACAAGAAAAGAUGCAUGAAGAGUUGGACAGAGUAAUUGGAAGUGAUAGACUUAUCAGUACAAGUGAUAAGAAUGACCUUCCAUACAUGCAAGCGGUGAUCAACGAGUGCCAGCGAUGUGCAAAUAUUGUUCCAAUCAAUUUGUUCCAUGAGACUACAAGGGAUACUGUGAUAGCAGGGUACCCAAUUGAAAAGGGAACAGGAGUCAUUGCUCAGAUUAGUACAGUGAUGCUAGACGAGACAAUCUUCCCGGAUCCAUAUAAAUUCAAUCCAGACAGAUUUAUCGAUGAGCAUGGGAAACUGAAAAAGGUCGAGGAGCUUUGCCCAUUCUCGGUUGGCAAGCGACAAUGUCUAGGGGAAGGGCUCGCCAGGAUGGAGCUCUUUUUGAUGCUCGCCAACUUUUUCCACAGAUACGAGAUCUCGCCAUCCAGUACUGGACCUCCUUCUAUUGAUAAGACCCAAGCUUUGAGAGUGACACCAAGAGAGUUUGAUGCGGUUUUGACCAAAAGGCAUUGA